CUCGUUGGAAGAGAGCGAAGAAGAAGAACGCGGCAGUUAAAGGCAGCCAGCGUAUUUCAGGUCACCCGUGAGAAUGCUGAGCGACGUGUCCAAGCUACAAGUGGCCUUCGCCGUGGUCGCGGCGUUUGUGACCGGGAAUCACCUGUGGGGAGCCGAUGACGAGCAGGCUGUCGCGUCACCACCGGUCAUCCCAAACUGCCGCAUCAUCAGCACCGGGCUCAGCGCCGACGAGAAGGCCGAGGUGCUUCGAGCGCACAACGAGCUCCGUAGCACGGUGGCGAGGGGACUUCUGGAGGGACUCAAGCCUGCCGCCAACAUGCUCGCACUGAGGUGGGACGACGACCUGGCUGAAUUGGCUGAAGCGCAGGCCAAACAAUGCAGCGUUUCGCAGGAGGUGGAAGAGGAAGAGAAAACACUCAGGCCUGCAUCAGUGGGCCAGAACGUUGGCUGGGAGGUGAGCUCGGAGCCGUUCUCAAAUCAUCUGGACCUGCCGCACCUGAAGGCUUGGAAGGCUGAGCACACGGACGUCGGAGACGACGUGAUAAGCUCUUUUCACAACACCGAACGCGGCAUCGGACAGUUCACACAGAUGAUCUGGGCGAACACGCUGUACGUGGGCUGCGGCGUUGCCACGUACACCCGCAGCGACAACGUGGGCCGCGUUCCCUACCAGCGCUUGGUGGUGUGCAACUACGGCCCCAGAGGUAAUGUCUUGGGACUUCCUGUGUACAAGGAAGGUCACACGUGCAGCCUCUGUUCAACUGGCACCACUUGCGACCAGACUACAGGACUGUGCGUGAUGGAUGAAACCAAGUCUCAGGCCCAAGGACACCAGGAUUGGAAACUCGACCCGGGUGAAGUGAACUGGAGGGGCAUUGGCCUGGCCAUCGUGAUUGUUCUCUGGUUCUGCUUCUGAACUCGCACACUCACCACACAAACACGAUGAUCCAUUCUUCAGCCAUCAC